UUAAAAUAUGAAAUGUUAUUUAAAUUGAAUAUUCGUCCGUUUUGUUUUCUAUUUAUGAAAGAUAUAUCUAACUGCAAAAUAGGAAUUUCAGAAAAGCAGGUGGGCUUGCUUGGAUGGUAUCAAAACGUGUCUCAACGUUUGACAGUUCAUCGCACGCGUUAGCAGUUUUCUUCGAGAAUAGAAAUAAAGAAAUAUAUUAUGGAAGAGAAUAACGUUAAAACCGAUCAGAACAAUCAAGAUGACUCAGAUUCUGAGGUGGACGAGGUUGAGCCUAGGCUCAAAUAUGUUAGAAUGCGAAAUGAUUUGCAACAUAUUUUACAAAAUGAUGCCGCCAGUUGUAUAGCUGUCCAUCCUAAGUUUCUUUGUUUGGGAUCUCAUUGGGGUAUGAUACAUUUAUUGGAUCAUCAAGGAAAUAACAUACAAUCUAAAAGUCUCCAAGCACAUACAGUCGCUGUCAAUCAAAUUUCCAUAGAUCACAAUGGUGAUUUUAUUGCGUCUUGCAGCGAUGAUGGCAAAGUAUUUAUUUACGGUUUGUACAGUGCUGAAAAUAAUCACAAUUUAAAUCUUGGUAGGCUCGUCAAGAGUAUCGCCAUUGAUCCUAAUUAUUAUAAAAGUGGUAGCGGAAGAAAAUUUAUUACAGGAGAUGACAAAUUGAUUUUAUAUGAAAAAACAUUUUUAUCUAGAAUAAAGCCAACUAUUCUAUCUGAAGCGAUAGGUGGAGUAAGAUCUGUAGCAUGGGCUGGCCAAUUUAUCGCUUGGGCAUCAGACACGGGUGUUAGAGUUUAUGAUUUAAAUGCUAGAUGUUCUUUAGGUCUCAUUAAGUGGACUAAAACAGAUGAAGCGCUACCAGAACACUAUAGAUGUAAUCUUCGUUGGUCAGAUGAUCGAACAUUACUGAUCGGAUGGGUGGAUAUAGUGCGUAUCUGCCAGAUAAAAAAGAGAUCGAUGCAAGAAAUGGUUAAUAGAGAUUUACCCGAAUUCGUAGUUGAUCCAGUUUCAACGUUUCAAGUGGAUUUUUAUAUAUCUGGUAUCGCCCCUUUAGACAAUCAAUUGAUAUUAUUAGGAUGUUUAAAAGAAUUAGAUAAAGAUGGUAAAAGUCAAAGACCUACUUUGCACAUUGUUGAACCAAAGUGCGAAGAUUUUUCUGUGAUUUGUGCUAAUUCGUUGACUUUAAGAGGCUAUAAAGAGUACAGUUGUAAUGACUAUCAUUUAGAUUGUUUGACUAGUGAAAACAGGUAUUUUAUUGUAAGUCCAAAAGACGUAGUUGUAGCCAGUUUGUAUGAUUGCGAUGACAGGGUUGAAUGGUUAAUAAGUCAUGGAAAAUUUGAACAAGCGUUAGAAGCUGUUAGUGCUAGUAACGGAAAAGAAUGUAAACGACAUACUUUAAUUGACGUGGGUCGUGUAUAUUUAGAUCAUCUAUUGGCUCGUGAAAAGUACGACGAGGCUGGAAAAUUAUGCUUAAAAGUUUUAGGCCGGGAUAAAAAAUUAUGGGAAGAAGAGGUUUAUAAAUUUGCAAUGGUUCAUCAAUUAAGAUCUAUUUCUUCUUAUCUACCAAGAGGUGAUGUAAGUCUAGAUCCAUUAAUUUACGAAAUGGUUUUAUACGAAUAUUUAAAAAUGGAUCCAGAUGGUUUUCUCGAAUUAGUUAAAGAAUGGUCGCCAACGUUAUACACGGUAGCAGCUGUCGUUAACGGUGUUUUGGAGCAUCUUUUAGUUCACAAACAACGACAAAAUGUUCUUUUGGAAGCAUUAGCGAUUUUAUACAUUCAUGAUGGGAAAUAUGAUAAAGCGUUGGCGAUGUAUUUAAAACUAAGACACAAGGAUGUCUUUCAUUUGAUACAAAAAUAUCAACUUUAUAACUCUGUAUAUGAUAUGAUAGAAGAAUUAAUGGAUUCGGAUGCGGAACGCGCAAUACAAUUUCUUUUGAAAAAAGAUAAAGAUCAAUUUAGAGUGCCGCCUGAAAUAGUUGUUCGUAAAUUGCAACAAAAACAUCUUUACUUAUAUAUGUAUCUAGACGCUUUAGAUAAAAUAGACACAAAAGAUUCCAAAGGGAAAUAUCACGGAUUAUUGGUACAACUUUAUGCGGAAUACUCCAGAGAUAAACUACUUCCACUUUUACGUCGUUCCGAUAAUUAUUUAAUACAAGAAGCAUUAGAUAUUUGUAGUCAACGAAAGUUUUAUCCAGAGAUGGUAUAUCUUUUAGGAAGAAUAGGAAAUAUAUCCGAAGCUUUGGCUCUUAUGACUAGAGAAUUAGAUGAUAUGGAAAGUGCUAUUGCUUUUUGUCAAGAGCACGACGAUGAAGAAUUAUGGAAUGAUUUAGUUAAUUAUUCAUUGGACAAACCAAAGGCUAUUACAUUUCUUCUACAAAACAUUGGAACGUAUGUUGAUCCUAGACUAAUGGUACAGAGAAUAAAUCCAUCAUUAGAAAUACCUGGAUUAAAAAAAGCUUUAGUUAAAAUGAUGUGUGAUUAUAAUCUACAAGUGUCUAUACAAGAAGGAUGCAAGAAAAUUUUAUCUAAUGAUUAUUUUAAUCUUCACGAGAGAUUGGUUCGUUGUCAUCAGAAAGGUAUACUUAUAAACGAUGAUCAAUUGUGCGGAGCGUGCCAUAGAAAGAUUAUUAUGGGAGAAUCCAAAAAUUUAGUAAUAUUUUAUUGCAAGCAUUCAUUCCACGAAGACUGUUUACCAAACUUCAAAUUAGUAGAAAAUUGUGUAAUUUGUAAUUCACAAAAAGAAACAUCACCAGGUAGGAAAUGAUACAGACAAUUGAAUUGAUUUGUUGCCGAACAGAUGACUUUUGAUCCACAAUAAUAAUCAUCAAUAUUCAUGCAGAAUUUUGUAUUAAUUAAGAAGUCAUGUUUUAGAGGACCGAUAGUUUCUAUGGAAAUGCUACAAUUUCCAAUUGAUUCUGUCUGCGUUAUUAUAUUAUCUUUGAGACAAAUUAACAAAGUUUCUUUGAAGCACAAUGCGGCUAGUUUGCUAUCAUCUAACAAAAUAUAAAUAACAAAAAAUUUAAUUUUCUAAUUAAUAUUUGUUUGUAUAUUAUAUUUCUAA